ACACUAUACACAUUGCUCUCUCUCUCUCACUUCCUCUUCCUCUCUCUUUCUUGUGCCUCUUCAUCUAACUGUGUUUCUAUUUUCUGCUUCAAAAAAUGGUCACAAAAACCCAGAACAGGCCUCCAUUUUCACUCACAUCCUCUCCUCCAACACCUUCUUCAAAGAACUUUGAGGUUGAUGAGAUGCUAAUAGACAAAGGGCAAGAACAAGUUGGAGGUGAAACAAUGGUGGGGACUCCCAUUAAUGGAAGAUCAAGGCAAGCUUUUUCACUUGUGAAUGGUGUUGGUGGUGGCCAUGAUCUUACUCCUGGUAGUGCUCCACCAAGCAAUGCUGGAUCAGACUAUGGCAUAAUAGAGUUCACAAGAGAGGAUGUGGAAGCACUCUUAAAUGAGAAAGCCAAAAGGAAAGACAGAUUCAAUUAUAAGGAAAGAUGUGAAAAUAUGAUUGAUUAUAUAAAAAGGCUUAAGGUUUGCAUAAGAUGGUUCCAAGACAUUGAGAUGAGCUACUCACUGGAACAGGAGAGGUUGAAGAACUCAUUGGAACUAACACAGCAAAAAUGCAUGGAAAUUGAGUUGCUGCUAAAAAUCAAGGAAGACGAACUGAACUCAAUUAUCACAGAAAUGAGACGGAACUGCACUAAUUUACAAGAAAAGUUGAUCAAGGAAGAAACAGAAAGGGCGGCUGCAGCUGAAUCUCUUGAGAAAGAGCGGGAGUCCAGGAUUAACAUCGAGAGGUCACAUACCACUUUGUCUGAGGACCUUGGGAGAGCACAAAGAGAGAUCCAAAGUGCAAAUCAGAAGAUAUCGUCGCUCAACGAGAUGUAUAAGCGGUUACAGGAUUACAUAACAAGCUUACAACAGUAUAAUGGAAAACUUCAUACAGAGCUUUCAACAGUUGAAGAUGAACUUAAACGCGUUGAGAAAGAAAAGGCUACUGUGGUGGAGAAUAUCACCAUGUUAAGGGGUCAACUUACAUUGUCCAUUGCUUCUCAAGAAGAGGCUGUAAAACAGAAGGAUGUUCUAGCUAGUGAAGUUGCUUCUCUUAGAGGAGAGUUGCAACAAGUAAGAGAAGAACGAGACCGACAACUGUCUCAAGUGCAAAUGCUGAGUUCUGAAUUAGAGAAAGUUAAAGAAUCUACUGAAAACUCAUCUUCUGAACUGGACAAGUUGAUUUUAAAAGCGAAUGAACUAGAGGUAAAAUGUUCUUUGAAAGAUAUGCAGAUAAAGGAAUUGCAUGAGCAGCUAGCAACUGCAGAGAAGAAACUGCAGGUGUCUGAUAUAUCAGUAAUUGAGACAAGGACUGAAUAUGAAGGGCAACAGAAAUUCGUAAAUGAGUUACAACAACGCUUAGUGGAUGCAGAAUAUAAACUUAUAGAAGGGGAGAUGCUGCGGAAAAAAUUACAUAAUACCAUUUUGGAAUUAAAAGGGAACAUUCGUGUUUUCUGUCGAGUGAGGCCAUUGUUGCCCGAUGAAAGUUGUAGUUCAGAAGGCAAGAUCAUCAGUUAUCCAACAUCAAUGGAAGCUUGUGGAAGAGGCAUUGACCUAGCUCAAAAUGGCCAAAAACAUUCUUUCACCUUUGAUAAAGUUUUUGCACCAGAGGCAUCACAAGAAGAAGUUUUCGUAGAAAUUUCACAGCUUGUACAAAGUGCUCUUGAUGGUUAUAAGGUUUGCAUCUUUGCCUAUGGUCAAACAGGAUCAGGGAAAACCUAUACAAUGAUGGGCAGGCCUGGACAUCCUGAAGAAAAGGGCUUGAUACCUCGUUCAUUAGAACAAAUAUUUCAAACAAAACAGUCUCAGCAGCCUCAAGGCUGGAAAUAUGAAAUGCAGGUGUCGAUGUUGGAAAUAUACAACGAAACAAUUCGUGAUCUGCUAUCUACAACACGCCAAGAGAAUGGUACUCCUGGAAAACAGUAUACAAUUAAACAUGAUACAAGUGGAAAUACACAUGUUUCUGAUCUCACAGUAGUCGAUGUUCAGAGUGCUAGAGAGGUUGCAUUUCUAUUGAACCAAGCCGCAAAUAGCAGGUCGGUGGGAAAGACCCAGAUGAAUGAACAAUCAUCAAGAAGUCAUUUUGUAUUCACCCUUAGAAUAUAUGGUGUAAAUGAGAGCACUGAACAACAAGUGCAAGGUGUUCUGAAUCUUAUUGAUCUUGCUGGUAGUGAGCGUCUAUCAAAGAGUGGCUCAACCGGGGAUAGGUUAAAAGAAACUCAGGCAAUCAACAAAAGUUUGUCAUCUUUGAGUGAUGUAAUAUUUGCCUUGGCAAAGAAGGAGGAUCACGUGCCUUUCAGGAACUCAAAGCUUACUUAUCUACUUCAGCCAUGUCUAGGAGGAGACUCAAAGACACUAAUGUUUGUGAACAUCUCACCAGACCCAUCUUCACUUGGUGAGUCACUUUGCUCGCUCAGGUUUGCUUCCAGAGUCAAUGCAUGUGAGAUUGGAACUCCUCGCCGCCAAACCAAUGGAAAAUCCACUGAAUCUCGAUUGAGCUACUUCUAAACGCUAAUUAAUCUCUUCACAAUCAUGUAUAUUUUCUUUUAUUAGUUUCUAAUUAACCAUUUGUGGCUAUCAAAGUGCCAGUGUGAUGAGACAAUACGAUGACAAAGAAGAAGAAAAAGUUUGGUUUGGUUCUAACAUCGGCACAUAUAUAUAUAGUUUGUAUAGUAGUGAUGAAGAGAGUCGGUGAGUAUGCAUUUAGUUGGAAGACCACCAAUUUUAAUAGUUCAAAUUGUAAUUUCUGCUUCUUGUUAUUUAUUAUUUAUUACAUUUAUCAAAUUGUUUUUAAUAAAUUAAUGUGUCAUCGGGUUCAUGACCUCUUAGAGCAUGAGCACGAAUU